AUGGCCUCUCAGCGCGAGCUCUACCUCCACCAAGACCUGCCCGACCUCGAGGUCCCGUACCAGCCGUUCGCGUCGAGGAGGAGCGUCGUCUACGGCACCAAGGGCAUGGUCGCGUGCUCGCAGCCUCUCGCGGCCGAGGCCGGCCUCGAGAUCUUGCGCCAGGGCGGCAACGCGGCAGAUGCAGCUGUCGCCGUCUCUGCGGCGCUCAACUUGACCGAGCCGGGCUCGUGCGGCAUCGGCGGCGACGGCUUCUGCCUCUUCUACGACUCGGACUCGAAGCAGGUCAAGGCGCUCAACGGCUCGGGCCGCGCGCCGGCCGCCCUCACGCUCGACAAGGUGCGCGAGCUGGGCAUCACCGGCCGCGAGAUCCCGUUCCUCGACAUCAACUCGGUCACGGUGCCCGGGUGCGCCGCCGUGUGGUGCGAUACGAUCGAGAUGCUGGGCAGCGGCAAGGUCUCGAUGAAGGACGUUCUCGCGCCCGCGAUUCGCAUGGCAGAGGCCGGCGUGCCGAUCCACGAGAUCUCGUCGUACAGCUGGGUCAAGAACCACGACGUCUUCCUCAAGCAGUCGCCCAACUUUGCCGAGAUGCUCAUCACGGACCCCGAGACGGGCAAGACGCACGCGCCGCGACCGGGCGAGAUUUACAAGAACUCGAACCUGGCCCGCACGUUCCGCGAGGUGGCCGACAAGGGCAAGAAGGGCUUCUACGAGGGCAGGAUCGCAGAGGCGAUUGUCGAGCUCGUCCAGUCCAAGGGCGGGGUCAUGACGCUCGACGACCUCAAGAACCACACGACGACGCCCGUCACGCCCAUCUCGAUCAGCUACGGCGGCGAGAACGGCGUCACUCUGCACGAGACGCCGCCCAACGGCCAGGGCCUGACGGCGCUCAUCGCGCUCGGGAUCCUCGAGGCCAUGCAGGACCAGGGCAAGGUCGACCUCAACAAGGUCGAGCACCUGUCGGCAGAAUGGUUCCACCCGCUCAUCUCGGCCAUCCGCCUCGCCUUUGCCGACACUCGGGCCUACGUCGCCGACCCAGAGCACUCGCGCGUGCCCGUCGACGAGCUCCUGUCCCCGACGUACCUCGCCAAUCGCGCCGAGCUGUACGACCCGAAACGCUCGACGGCCGUCAUCAACAAGGGGACGCCGAUCGCCUCGUCCGACACGGUCCUGUUCGAGGUGGUCGACCAGUACGGCAACGCCGCGUCGUACAUCCAGUCGAACUACGCCGGUUUCGGCACGUUCGCCAUCCCCAAAGGAACCGGCUUCACGCUCCAGAACCGCGGCUGCAACUUUACGCUCGAGGAGGGCCACCCGAACUGCAUCGCCCCGAACAAGCGGCCCUACCACACCAUCAUCCCGGCGCUCGCGACCCGGACCAAGGACAACUCGCUGUUUGCGUCUUACGGCGUCAUGGGCGGCUUCAUGCAGCCUCAAGGGCACGUCCAGGUCCUCCUCAACAUGCUGCACGCCAACAGCAACGCCCAGUCGACGCUCGACGCCCCGCGGUUCUGCAUCUCGGCCGACGUGCCCGACGACGCGGCAAAGGACGGCGACAUCGGGACCAAGGUGUACCUCGAGGAGGGGGUCCGGCCCGAGGUGGUCGAGCAGCUGCGCGCCAUGGGCCACGACGUCGAGCUCCUGACGGGCCACGACCGGAGCAUGUUUGGGCGCGGGCAGCUCAUCCAGAAGCUGCCGUCGGGAGCGUGGGCGGCAGGUUCCGACCCGCGAGGAGACGGGCACGCCGUCGCGCAGAUCUAGAUCGUCGUCGUCGUCUCAGAGUCGCAAGUGUUGCAGUGCAAAGGGUUGUUCAGUGUCACGGCCUUGCC